AUGACGACGGUUCAAGCCAAGGUUGACCGUCGCAUCGCCGGACUCUACAGCACAUUCCAGUGCAUCAUCGGCCUCGCUGAAAAUGCGCAGGAGGCUUCAACCAGUAACACUUCGCGAGUGCUCGCAACGACGCGCCUGGAGCUUCUCGAAGCAGAAUGGAUACGGUUCAAAUCGGAACAUGCGGUCCUUCUCGACAUGAAUUGUGAAAAUCUACAGGAACAGGCGUACUUCCGGGAGUCCGUAGAGGCUCAAUGCCUUCAGGCUUACGAGACGGCUAAAGUAGCCUAUCUCACGAUCAAGGAGCAUUACGACCGCACCGAACCUACCGGCGCACUUCUCGCCGACGUCUCAGCUGCAGAGUGUCAGGCCGCUCUUCGUCGGUCCCUUCCAGAGAUUAAACUAAAAACAUUUUCCGGAGAGUUUUCAAAGUGGCGGGAAUUUCAUGACAUGUUCGUCUCCAUGGUGGGUGAGAACACAUACAUCACCUCCGUUGAGAAAAUGCAUUAUCUUCGAACUUCACUAAAGGGAGAAGCAGCUCAACUGGUGUCAAACCUUCCUAUUUCGGCCUCUUCGUUCGCAGCAGCUUGGGAUAUUCUCGUUGAACGGUAUGAGAACAAACGCCUCCUCAUCACGGCUCAGCUCGACUGUUUGCUCGGCAUCCCGAACAUAACCACUCGGUCCGGUAAAGCUCUCAACAACCUUCUCAACACAUUGUCUAAGGUCCUCCACGCCUUACAAGCGCUGGAGGUCCCCAUUCAAUCGUGGGACUAUAUCUUGGUUCACAUCGUCGCUUCAAAAUUGGAUCAACAUCUUCGUGAACAAUGGGAAGUCAAGCUCGGCGCUGCAAAAGAACCGGCAACUCUUCAACAACUUCGAGAUUUUCUCAACACUCGGGCUCGAGCUCUGGAGAGCAUCGAGAUUCGUGUGCCUCAGUAUUCUUCUCGGCAGUCUUCAACCGCAACGCCUUCACCGAAAACGGCCACUUCGCGAACUUCCUCUUCAUCGGGCGCCGUCAAGGCAUAUACAUCGCAGGUCCCUUCGAAGGGUACGAUCCCUACAACCGUGGAUCAUAAAGCCGCUAUGGCGUCCACGAAGCCCCUAAAUCCAGGCGGUUCGGCAACCCAGUGUUGUCAUUAUUGCCUCAGCCAGCACUUCAUCGCGAAGUGCCCCAAUUUUAAGCAGCGGACCCCUCAAGAACGUCGGACAAUCGCAGAACAGCGACGAUUGUGUUUCAACUGCCUCGGACCUCAUUCUGCAGUAAACUGCAAAGUAACCGGCCGCUGUGCCGAGUGCGGUGGCAAGCACCACACACUCAUUCACACCGGAUCAAUCUCGGCUACUCCUUCACCACCUGCCGGAGCUCCUCAUCCGAAACCAUCGAGUCACCUAUCGGAUAUUUCAAGAGGAUCAGUUCCAACGGGUACUUCGCGCGACAGUGCUCCGCUGUUCUCGGAUACUUCUACACAAACGGUGCUUCCAUCGGACUCUUCGAGCACCCUUCUAGCCAACGCAACUGUCGCCUCGUGCAAUCGGCCGUCAGUGCUUUUGGCCACUUGCCUAGCGCUUAUCACAUCUUCAGCCGGUCUUACUUCUACCAUUCAGAUUCUCAUCGAUCCCGGGUCCGAACUUUCGUUCAUUUCAGAACGCAUAGUGCAAUCGUUGCAGUUAAAGCGUCAAUCGGCAUUAUUAAACGUGUUAAGCCUCAGCAAUCAACGAACUGGGCGCACGCGGGGAGUAGUCACCGCUCACCUUUCGUCUCUUCACGACUUCUCGGCUUCCUUCUCGGCCGCUGCAUUCAUUCUCCGGGUUCUCACCACGCCUCUUCCGUCAUUCACUACAACGGGACGGAAAUCUUGGAAUCACCUCAACGGCCCACAGCUCGCCGACCCGGAUUUUGUUCAACCUCGGCCCAUCGAUCUCAUUAUCGGAGCCGAUUCUUACGGCAAACUCAUCGAAUCAGAAGUGAUAAAAGGCCUUCCUUCUGAACCAAUCGCACAACGCAAGCUGUUCGGAUGGAUCGUCCUUGGGCCACUAUCGAACAUUACCGCUACUCCGGCAUCUCUUCAUCACGCCUCAAUCGAGGAUGACGUGUCCCUUCAACUUCGGAAAUUUUGGGAAAUGGAAGAACUUCCGUCAGGUACCGCUUCAACUGAAGAUGAGGAUACGGAAUUUUGCGAGCAAUAUUUCAAAAACACGCAUACGCGCGACGCUUCGGGUCGCUACACUGUUCGGCUCCCCUUCAAAUUGCCUCCAACGUCACUCGGAGACUCCUUCUCGGCCGCUUCCCGAUCACUUCACCGACUUCGAGCUCGGUUGGCUGAAGACGAGUAUAUCAGCCAGCUGUACAAGGAAUUUCUUCAAGAAUACGAGGCUCUUCAUCACAUGAUUCCGGUUUCCGACGUAAGACCGACGAAUCCGUGCUUCAUCCUUCCGCAUCGCGGAGUCGUGCGUGAGCACAGUGUCACCACAAAACUCCGUAUGUACUUCUAUGGAUUCGGCAACAUCGGUUCAUCUUCGCUACGGAUAUUACAAAAAUGUAUCGGCGGAGCUGAUUCUGUCUCAGAGCUUCGAGAAAUCUCUCUUCAACUGGAAAAAAUUUGUGCCCGCGGUUGCCUUCCACUUCAAAAAUGGACUUCGAAUUCACCAGCGGCUCUUCAACAUCUUGACUCUUCAGCCUUACAACCUGAAGCAGUUUCGAUUAAAUCGGAGGAUUCGACGACGAAGCUUUUGGGCCUAAUCUGGGAUCCAAUCAAGGAUGUGUUUCGGUUCAAUCUUCAGGCAAACUUCCCUUCAUCAAUAACUAAGCGGAUCGCUCUCUCGGAAACUGCUUCCUUGUUCGAUCCCCUUGGUUUUAUAUCUCCGGUAAUCAUCACAGCCAAAAUCUUCAUGCAGGAGCUCUGGCUCGCAAGACUGCAGUGGGACGAUCUUCUCCCGGAACGACUUCAGCUUCGGUGGUGGCAAUUCCGCGAAAGCUUGAGCGAUCUGCCCCUCAUUUCGCUUUCUCGGUGGCUACAUUCGUCUCCAACGGACUCGGUUGAACUUCAUGGGUUUUCUGACGCUUCGCAGCUAGCCAUGGCUGCUGUGGUUUAUCUUCGAUCAUCUUCACCGGACGGUUCGACUUCUGUCACGCUCAUCGCUUCCAAAACGAAAGUAGCCCCUCCAAAACGGCUAAGUAUCCCUUGCCUCGAGCUUUCGGCUGCUCUUCUUCUGGCUCGGCUCGUUUCAUACGUCCAGAAAAUGCUUCCGCUACACGGCGCGCCUGUCUAUCUCUGGACGGAUUCGUCCGUCACUCUCACCUGGGUCUCUUCACAACCAGCUCGCUGGAAAGACUUCGUCAGAAAUCGAGUUUCACUCAUCCAGGAGCUAACCUCAACGGCAAAAUGGCGCUUUAUUUCAGGAAAGGAGAAUCCUGCGGACUGUGCUUCGCGAGGACUGACUCCUCUUCAGUUAUCCAAACACUCUCUCUGGUGGUCCGGCCCCACUUGGCUCAUGAGCACUUCAGAAAACUGGCCGGCACAGCCCAUAAACUUUCCUACGGACGCUCCACUUGAGCAUCGGCCCGGCUUCAUUUUCAUAUCCAACCUCGAACCAAUAGGCGAGGUUUGGGAUCUUGUACAUCGGUAUUCUUCACUGACACGCCUACUUCGCAUCACGGCAAUGUGUCAACGGGCUCUUCAUCGAUUCAAGCGCUCCUCACCGGUUCGGACGGACAUACAACUCACUCCAGACGAUAUUGAACAAUCAAGACUCUUCUGGGUGUUACAUACGCAAUCGGUUCAUUUCUCUGCGGAACUUCGAUCAAUCUCAAACGGAAAUUUUCUGACACGGGGUCAUUUCCUGUCGGCUUUGACUCCCUUUAUCGAUUCGCUUGGAACUCUGCGCGUCGGGGGACGCUUGCAGCAUUCAACUCUUAAUUCGGAAGCGAAACAUCCGGCUAUUCUCCCUCGUCAUUCGACGUUCACGACGCUCGUCAUCGCUGACGUGCACCUCAAGACUCUUCACGGCGGAACUCAAUCAAUCUUGACUCUGCUUCGUUCCAGUUACUGGAUCGUCGGAGGUCGAGCACCUAUUCGAUCAUUCAUUCUUCGCUGCGCCAAAUUCGUUCGGUUUCGAGGACUUCGCGCUCAACAGCUCAUGGGACAACUUCCGAUCAGCCGUGCUACGCCUUCUCGAGCAUUCCUUCACACCGGACUUGAUUACGCCGGACCCUUCACGGUAAAAACAUGGCGAGGUCGGCAUACGAAAACGUACAAGGGAUAUCUGGCCGUCUUCGUAUGUUUUUCAACGUCAGCUGUUCACUUGGAACUUGUGACAGACUAUACUUCAGAUGCGUUCAUCGCUGCCUUUCGGCGGUUCACGGGACGUCAAGGCAUUUGUCAUACGCUCUAUAGCGAUUGCGGGACGAACUUCGUCGGGGCUGAUGCCCAACUUAAAGGACUCUUCAAAGAAAGUGCGGCAGAAGUGCCACAAAUUAUUUCUUCGCUAACUAAUAUCGGAACUCGGUGGUCCUUCAAUCCCCCCUCGGCUCCUCACAUGGGAGGAAAAUGGGAGGCCGCCGUCAAAUCGGCCAAACAUCACCUUCAACGGGUUAUCGGGGACUCAGCACUUACGUAUGAAGAAUUUACAACUCUUCUUAUGCAAGUCGAGUCAGUGCUAAAUUCACGUCCGCUGGGCGCCAUGUCAGAUGAUCCGGAUGACUUCUCUGCCCUGACUCCUGGCCACUUCCUCAUCGGCGAGGCCCUAAAUUCGGUGCCGGAACCCUCGCGCACUUCAACUCCGGAGCUAAAACUUCCGCGCUGGGCCCAAAUACAACGGAAAUUCCAGCUGAUCUGGCAACGCUGGUCAUCCGAUUAUCUUCAACACGGUUUAGCCACUUCCAAGUGGCGACAUCCUCGGAACGAGAUCCAGGUUGGCUCCCUGGUCCUCAUCACGCACGAACGACUUCCGCCUUCAAAGUGA